AUGUCACUGAUAACGAAGGGUUAUCGUGUCUCUGUCCAACAAUUUGCGACAGUGCCUCCUCUAUUGAAUCUACCAGAAAUUCCCCGUCUACCUGGCUCAGUCUCCUCAGCAUCCUCCUUACAAAACUCUGAGAGUGGCGGCUUUGGUACUGACCUUGCUGAAGGCUGCACGGCUGCUCUUUAUGAUGAGGGUGAAAGUUCUUCAAUUGAAGUUGAAAGACUUAUUGAUGAGCUCAGAAUUAUGACAGAUGAAUUUGAGUUCAGUCAUCCAGGAAAUGUCAUAUAUUGUGAGGGCAAGUUUAGUCCAAUCCGAUGUUAUCUCACCUUUCUAACAGUAGAGGAGUUUGUUCACACAUCUCUCAACAUAUAUGCUUUCAUCGGGGUGACUGCCUCUGCCUCAACCCUGGAUGGCCUUUUUAAGAUUGUUCAAUCCGAAAACCAGCGCCAGCAGCAAUUGAUGGACGAAACAGGCAGUCACUAUCGGCGUGAACUGGAUUUCAAUGACGAAAGUUUCCUCAAUCCAGAGUUUGAACUGGUGGCAUUGCAUCCAGAGCACUUCCUUCCUUGUGGCAGCAAGCUCACCCUGCGGCAAGGAGCAGGACAGGAUGAGCAUUCACAAUCCACCGCCUGGGUGUCAUCAAGGACUCCAGCAUUUCCAAAGCUAAGGCACAGAGGUAUGGACUUGAAGGCACGAGUGGCAUACGGGAAUGCGCUGAUGGGUGGUCCGGCUUAUGACUGGUGUUUUGACGAAGCUUCGGGUUUGUAUCAUGACGAGGCUACCGUAGAGGAAUGGACCAAGACUGUCAUCUAG